CAAGACCAAAGUAUUUAUGUGAGUUGGUUAACCUUGCGAUCACCGCUCUCUGAGAAGAGCCACGCCCUGGUUCAGACCUCUACCAUUAUCGCAGAGCCACAAUCAUCGAAGGAAAGAUGGUAGUCUCUGAAAGAAAGCCAUAUCAAGCAGACGAGUUUGGGGAAAACGUUGAAAUAGAUGAAAAUGUCAAAGCCGAAUUUCCUGCCGGUUCCAGAAUUUUAUCCGUGGAGCCAGGAGGGCCAGGCACGUGGGUUCAAACUGCGCGAAUCGAGAUCGAACUAGCCAACGAAGAUACCCGGGUAUACUUCAAGAAAGGCAAACAAGGCGAUGAUGGACGCACCAUGAUGGCGAGUGCCUUUGAGGCGGAGGUUGCGUUGCAUGCAGUCAUCCCAGAGCAUGUUCCCAAGCCAAUUGCAUGGGGAACAUACAAAUCCCAGCCUCACGUCCAUUUCUAUCUCUGCGAUUUUGUGGAGAUGUCGGACCGCCUCCCAAACCCCCGCAAGUGGGCGGAGGCUGUCGCCCGCCUCCAUACUCGAAGCGCCGGAAAGUCUCCUGAAGGCAAGUUUGGCUUCCAUGUCUCGACCCAUCUCGGCCAUGUUCCAGUGGACAAUUCGUGGCGCGAUUCCUGGGAGUCCUUCUGGUCCCAACAAAUGAAAUCUUUGCUGGAUUACGAGGAGAGUAUAAAGGGGCAAAGUGAUGAGUUUUCCGAACUCAAGGUUGCCUUCUUUCGUAAAGUUAUCCCACGCCUGCUUCGACCGUUGGAAGCAGGCGGAAGGAAGAUUAAGCCUUGCCUUAUUCAUUCAAAUCUAUGGCCUGGGAAUAUUAAGCAUAAAGCUGAAGGUCGGGACCUUUGCAUAUUCGACAGCUGCGCAUACUGGGGCCAUAAUGAAGCGGACCUUGCGGUAUGUCGAAAUCCCCGGUAUCGCCUAGGCAAGGAUUACAUCGAUUCGUAUGCACAGUACAUGCCAGAGUUUCCCUCUCAUCCUGCAGACGAAUUUGAUGACCGAAAUGCUCUCUACGCCAUGAAAUUCCAUGUUCUCCUCUCAAUUCUCUACCGCAAUGAGCCACGUUAUAGGCAGAUUGCCAUGGAUGAAAUGCGGCGCCUCGUUAAAAGGUUUCCCACCGGGUAUGCCAGCUAUGAAGAAAAGGCCAAGGACGAGGUCGAAAUCGUUGAGAGCCCUACACUGCUAAGUGUUGAGCCGCAUGUUAGGGGCGAAGAACCAAGGGGCCACUUUGUUAAACACGAUUUGCUCGAAGAGGAAAGGCAGCACGCAGCACCACCAUCAGGGUCGUCGGCGGAAUCCCGCGCACAGGAACAAAAGUUUCGCGGUAAAAUGAACAUUCCAUCUGCAGUAUUAUUAGCUCUUGGGGUUAUGGGUAUCUUAAUUGCCUAUCUUCUGGGCGUUCGAGUGUCUUUGCCAGAAUAA